AUGAAUUCAUCCACCAAUGAAGAUGUAACCAUGAUGGAUCCAGAAAUGGGAUAUGCAAUUUGCAGAAAAUUUGUAACAAUAAAUAUUCUUUCACGCUUCCGUCGAGCUGUUGACCAGAUGUUAUCACUUCCAAAUCAUUAUAUAAUAAGCGCAUUACAUGAAACAGUGUUAUCUAUUGAAAGCACUAUUGAUAAGAAAGUUCGAAAAAUUAUGAAUGGAAAUAAACAUAGUGCCGAAUAUCUUAAGACGAGAAUUUUACAUUUUGCGGGAAAUAUAAUGUUUAAGUCUGAUAUAGAGAAAAAAAUGAAAAUAUUAAUGAGCAAUGCAUUUAAAGUAAGCUUUAUUUUAUAUGAAAUGUUGAAAGCAAAGGAUAGCGAAGCAUUUACUUGUUGUGAAACUGUGUUGGCCAUGCUUCGAGAAACAGUGAUGCAUUUAAUAAACCCGGAUGGUUUCGACGUUAUGUCAGUUGUAUCCCAAGCUCAUAAUCAAGCAGUCUGGCAUAUCAUUGCUAAUAUAGCGAAGCGUAAAUGUGUAAUGCAGACAGAAAUGAUAUCACUUGCUGAUAACACAGGGCGAUGUCGACAUAUUACGGAUUGGACAGUGAUGAUAGGCUUGUCACGGUUAAAGCCAACAAAAAAAACUCUUCAACAAGCGAUGGAAAAAUGUUUCAUUACGACACUUGCUGAAAAGAUCUAUGAUCUUGUAAUAGUUGAAUAUCCGCAGUCAAGUGGAGUGAUUGAUGAUUUACGUUGCUGCAUGCAAAAUAACGGUGGUUUUGGACGAAUGCUACUAAUGGAUGUAUUAACAAAAGAUGUCGAACAGAGGUUGCUGCAAGUUGGCGUUGGAACAACGGAAAUUUUAGAGGGAUAUGCGAGUGCAGUAGAGUGCUUACGACGUUUAGAUCCAACAUGUGUAAUUAUGCAACAGAUAUGCUCUAUAAUAAGACAAUAUAUCAAACAACGACCUGAUACUGUUCGAUGUAUAAUAACUUAUAUUACUGGUGAGAAACGGGAGGAACUUAGUGAGCAAUUGGCAAUGCGAAGAACGGCCUUUUUGGAUGAAGAAGAGCUAGUGGGAGUGAAUGAUGAGCUUAUUCCGGGUUCAGAUGAUACCGCUGGCAACCUAGUUUUCAAAUCUGCAGAGUGUAGUUGGAUGGACUGGCUGCCAGAUCCACCAGAUGCGAAUCCUUGUCAAAGCCGACGAUAUCGGCAGAACGCUGAUGUAUUUAAUAUGCUAGUAUCCGUCUAUGGAAGUAAAGAAAUAUUUGUCAAAGAGUAUCGUGAACUGCUUGCUGAACGAUUGACGAAAUCUUGGAAUCGGGAUCCACAGUUUGAGCAGCGUUAUUUGGAAUUACUUAAGCUGCGAUUCAGUGAAGGAGAAUUGCAACAAUGCGAAGUGAUGUUGAAGGAUAUGCGUGAUUCGGAACAUAUCGAUCGCUUAGUGGAAAAUUUGCUGCCGUUUCCCAUCAAUGCACGAAUCAUAUCAUCAUUUUUUUGGCCGAAAAUUGAAAAUGAAGAAUUUAUGAUGCCGCAAGCACUGAUGAAUGGGUUAGAUGAAUAUGCUCGUGGAUUUGAAACACAUAAGGGAUCUCGAAAAUUAGAAUGGAUGAGUGCUGUUGGCUCCAUUGAAUUGGAAGUAGAAUUGGAUGGUGUGAAGGCUGUAGUUGCUGUAUCACCGGCUCAUGCCGCUGUUUUAUCAUUGUUUACUAAGAAAGAAAUCUGGACAGUUGAUGAAGUGGCAGCUGAACUAAAAAUGGACAAGCGAAAUGUUAAAAAGAGAUUAGAAUGGUGGCAAAAUAGUGGUGUUGUUUAUGCUUCUACAGGCGAAAUUGAAGCAAAAACAUGGCACCUCGCAAGUGGGACAUCAAAAAUGGAACGUUUACAAGUUGAACACGAUAUGGAGGAAGAUGUGUCAGAUGAUGAUAAGAAUGAAGAUAUGGAAGCAGUUGAUGCACUGGAACAGUACUGGAUCUAUACGAAAAGUUUCAUCGCUAAUCAAGAGCCUGUCAAAGCCGAACGAUUACAUACCAUAUUCAGAAUGUUUGCAAGUCCAGGACAGCACGGACCCACGUUGGAGGAUGUUGUUGCAUUUUUGCAGCGGAAAGUGAAAAUGAAUUUACUGUCGUGUGUAAAUGGACUAUACAAGGUUGUAAAAGAUGUACCUGCUCAAUAA